AUGAAAAAGGAAAAAACCAAUCUAACUAAUCGCAUGAUGUCAGAAGAAGAUUGUGAUAUUUGUUGUGUUAAGCUGUCGACUCGUAGGCGCCACAUGAUAAGAGAUGUACUUAAACUUAGACUACUCUACUUGAUGUUGAAAUUUAAUUUGAAACUGCAAAAGUCAUCAGAAAUUCUCAAGAGUUGA